CGUGUGUUUCCACUACUACACACCAUAGCGCACAACGCUUCACCAACAAUACAACAGAAAACAAGCCUCCGCAGACAGACCCACUAGAGACAGACUGCAUAUCUAUUGACUAGCAUAUCUAUUUAACGUACCGUUUUUGACAGAAAAAAGGAUGCAGCUUGCGGAUAUAGGACGCCUUAUGCUCAUCGUUAGCUAGCUUAGCAUUCUGUUAAAAAUAAAGGGGUUUCCAGCGGUGGCUAACGGCUAUCACCUCCAAUACGAGAUUCAUCAAAGAUGUGUAAAUAAAGUAACGCUCCUGCACCUCGUGUGACCAAAGGUAACGUACUUUUGGACUGGUGGGUCGACAGUCCACUCGACAGUCAUGAUGAUGAAGAAAAAGAAGUUUAAGUUCAGGGUGGAUUUUGAGCUGGACGAGCUGUCAUCGGUACCGUUCGUGAACGGAGUUCUGUUCUGCAAAGUCCGUCUGCUCGACGGCGGCUUCUCGGAGGAGUCUUCGCGGGAGACGGUUCAGGCAAACUGUGUACGCUGGAGAAAACGAUUCUCCUUCCCCUGUAAAAUGAGCGCUAAUGCUGGCACCGGAGUCCUUGAUCCCUGUGUGUGUCGGGUUUCAGUUAGAAAGGAACUGAAAGGUGGAAAGACUUAUGCAAAGCUGGGUUUCGCUGAUCUCAACCUGGCUGAGUUUGCUGGCUCAGGCAGCACGACACGCAGGUGUCUGCUGGAGGGUUAUGACACAAAGAACACCAGACAAGACAACUCCAUUCUAAAGGUGAUCAUAAGCACACAGUUAAUGUCUGGAGACCCUUGCUUCAAAACGCCUCCGUCCACGGCCACUGUGAUAGGCGUUCAGAGUGAUGCCGAGAGCCUGCUGGAGGACAGGAGAGGAGGAGAGAUACAGAAGCCAUUUCUGAGCCUCUCAGAGACAUCAGGGAAGUGUGGCUCUCUGCCUGAUGAACUGGGGCUGUGCGGACACUCGAGAACGUCCAGUUACGCUAGUCAGCAGUCCAAAGUAUCUGGCUACAGUACGGGUCACUCGCGGUCCUCCAGUCUUUCAGAGUUCUCCCACAGGAGAAACACUUCGGUGGGCAGUGCUUCCACUGGCAUUGCCAGCAUCCCCGAGCCCAGUGAGGAGAGUGACCAAACUACAGCGCCCCCUAUAGCUCCGGGGGGCUGCGCUGCAGUGCCUGAACACCCAUCAACCCCUGACAGAGCUGCCAGCAGGUAUCCGGUAAAACAGGACUCGAUGGAGUCUCAGAUGAAGAGGAUGGAUGCCACACGGGUGGAUGCUGAUGAUGUGGUGGAGAAGAUCCUGCAGAGUCAGGAUUUCACACACAGUCUGCUGGACUCUAGUGCUGAAGAGGAAGGUCUGCGUUUGUUUGUGGGUCCGGGUGGAAGCACAGCACUUGGUAGUCAUCACCUUCCCGUCAGGGUUGGAGCAGGUGCCUACGAACAGGUGGUGAUUAAACGCUAGGGUUAAAAGAUUCCAGAAGGAGAUGUGUUUAAAACCAAAGUCUGUGUCGUGGGAGGAGAGAGAGGGAUGAAAAGCUGAAUAAACAGUCAUUUUCCUCUCAAAUUAGGAAUGUGUGUCACGAUCCCGUUUUGACGAAACAGUGCCCUCCACUGGUACUUAUAGAACUGACAGAUCCUAUGUACGAGGUCGCCUUUACUGGUGUCUGUGUUUCACUGUGAGGUAAAGUUUGUCUUCUAUACAUCUGCAUUGCAAACAGUUAGUGCAGAUCAGCUAAAUCAGAUCUUGUGCUCUCUCUGUGCUUUUUUCCCUUAAAAUAUAAUCAUUUCCACAAAAUAUUUCAAAUCACUGUUUUUAUUGGUAAGAUGUUUAUUGGAAGUAUUUUGCUCUUAUUUACAUGUUUCUGAGCCAUUGUUUGUGUGAUAUUGUGUACAUCCUUACACAACUGUGUGAUUUAUCUGAGUCCGUAUUCUGUUAUGAGCCCUCAUCUCAGUAUUUUUUCAUCUUAUUACUGUACAAAUGGGAAUCAAAGCGCCGUGGUUCAUAUGACCGAGGGAGCUGUUUUCAGACUUAUUUAAACAGAACUUUGACUCUUUCAUGAUUGUCUAGUUGGCCUUUACACAUUAAAUGUGUAUUGCUUUUACUCUUUAUUUGUUGCCAAAAUUGGAAUUUAAGCUUGAAGGAAAAUUUCGAAGUCGAUUUUCAAACUAGUCAAUUGAAAUGCACAUUCAGUAGGACUUUUACAGCUGUGUUGUUUGUAAAUAUGUGGCUACCUUUUGCAGUUCUGGUUGUUAACUUCUUCAAACCUAAUAUAUGGAUACAAUGCAAGUAUCUCAUAGGAUUCUGGUAGCAGUGUAUAUGACAUCAUGUAUACAGUAUCUUUGACGCAGGAACAAAGUCAGCCGAGCUGUUCUGAUACGAUUUUGGCCAUGCUUAAUAUUGAAAUGUUACGCUUAAUGGAUGACAUCAAGCUAUGUGUAGCACUUAUAUUCCUCUCUGUGAAAAAUAACACUACAAGAACCCAUUUCUACCAAUGCUUUUGUAGUACUUGAUGUAUCACUAAAACAAAGGUAUUUCAUGGUAUUUUAAGAAUCACAUCUCUAAAACUAGCUCUGAGGCAUAUCAAAGGAUGUCAAAUACCUGUCUGUAUAUCUUCUCAGAAGCCAUUCUCUGUUGUUUCAGUUCACUUCUGUGGUUUGUGUGUGUGGAUUAGCUGUCAAGUGAGUGUGUGUACAAUAUCUGUGGCACUUGAAUGUAUCUCAACUGUCUAGAAAUAUCACAAUUCUAGUGUAGAAAUGCAUGGGUGUCACACAAACUCAUUGUGUCCAAGCAUCCAGCCUUUAAUGUGCGAUAGCAAAGUCCACACAUUCAAAACAUCAGAUCCAGGUCCGUCAAGUUCCGAGUGAAUUAACACAGACGGGGUUCAAUAGUAAACUGGGUCACACGUCUCAGGUUUAUUAUUCUAUCUUUGCAAUUUCUGCACAAAUUAAAAGCACCUCGAAUGUGUGCUAAUAUCUAGAUGUUUAGAGGCUACAAGUAAAAGUUCGGCUUCAUUGCAUCAUCACUCAGUAAGAUGAGUGACUUGCUUAGUUCUUUUGAACUUGAUUUUUACAUUUUUAAUUGAUCUACUGCCAAAACAAAAGUCUAUUUUUAUGAAUUUGAACUUAAGUGAUAUUGUUAGACACCAUUUAAGUCUCCCAUUGUUCACGUUUAUUCUGAUGCAGCCAGUAAGUUGUUCCUGGUGCUUUACAUGUUGUAUAAACACAGUGGCUUUAUCUCUUCUGUGAAGUUUUUGGUCCCUGUAACUGUACCGUGUCUGAUGUUUAAAGGGGACAUUGCUUAUGACUGUCUUGCAAUGUUGUGUUCAACUUUUGACCAAUAGUGGCUUCCAUGCCAUGUGUUCUGUUCUGAUGGUGGUAAGGUAUGUCCCAUGCACUGUUUAAUAAAACCAGUACAAUAAAAAAAAUGUGUCACUUGA